AGAGUCCACUCUACUGUCGGUUGAAUGGAGGCUUAUUUUGGCACUUUGCUUGGUGGCGGCGGUCCUAGUCCUUGUCUGGCGGCCCUCAGGGACACAUAGUGCCACACACUUCCGUGCGGACCGGGGACUCAGCCCGGAUCAGAUUAGCUACAUUGAGAAGGGAAUUGAACAGGAAACAGGAGAGAGAUGUGGGCCCGGGUGCCACGGGUGAAAUUCUUCAACGGAUUCGAGAUCCCCCUGAUUGGGUUAGGAACGUAUUUGACAAGUGGCGAGCAAGGCGUCAGAUCCAUCAAGGAAGCAAUUGACAUUGGAUACCGUCACAUCGAUACCGCCCAUCAGUACGGCAACGAGUGCGAGGUGGGCCGGGCGGUGAAGGAUAAGAUUGAUGAGGGUUUCGUCAGGAGGGAGGAUUUAUUCAUAACAACAAAGCUUUGGAACACCUUCCACAAACCGGAACACGUUAGUCAGGCCUUCGGUCGGUCGUUGGCGCGCUUGCAACUUGACUAUGUCGAUUUGUACCUGAUGCACAUGCCAAUGGCAUUGGGCUUUCGAGGCUACGAACAGCAGGAUCUCAUUUCGUACGACAAUAGUGGGAAGAUUGUGUGCUCCGACGUGGACUAUUGCGACACCUGGAAAGCCAUGGAGCAAUUGGUGUGCAGUGGAAGGGUGCGCAGCAUCGGUUUGUCGAACUUCAACCAGCCCCAGCUGGAGCGGCUCUUGUCGGUUGCUUCCAUCAAGCCGGUAACGAACCAGGUCGAAUGCAAUCCUGGGUUUACCCAGCGGCCAUUAAUCGAGUUCUGUCGUGGCCUCGAUAUUACGGUGACAGCAUUCAGUCCCAUGGGCCGUGCUAACAGGUGCGAUUCCUCAUGUCAUGUGACAGCCGGUGUACUUACAGAUGCCAGAGUGGCAGCUAUCGGGGCCAAGUAUGGCAAGAGUAAUGCACAGAUAGUGCUCCGGUACCUGAUUGACAUCGGAACGACGCCCAUUCCGAAGCCAUCAAAUCGAGCCGAGACGCUGGAGAAUAUAGAUAUCUUCGACUUCGAGUUGACGGCCGAAGAAAUAGCUCUGUUGGGGAGGUUUGACACCGGAGAGCGAGCAGUGCCACUGAAAUAUUACAGCCAUCAUCGGGAGUAUCCGUUCCGGGAGGAUUUCACACUGGGUUCACGUGUGCUCCGACAGAUCGUUCGAUGAGUUUGAGAAUUUGUUCGAUGGUGUGCUCAUUGAAAAAGUCUGAAUAAAAACAGUUUUGAAAAUCUGUUGUAGAUUCAA